GCUGGUUACCAUCACAACAGGAUUUAUUAUUUUAAACCAGUUUUAUAUCUUUCUUUAGCUCGUAAACUAAAGUGAACUGGAGAAAAAAUGAAGAUUCCCUUCGCAGUUUUAUGUAGUAGUUUGCUUUUAUCAAUUUCAGUGACAGCAAACGUCGAUUACUCCGGGCAUGUUGUGAUCCGUGCGAUUCCCGAGACGAAAGACCAACUGGAACUUUUGGAUGAUUGGUUCUCGCAAACGACCAGCUUCCUCGACUUCUGGUUCCCACCGAGUAAAAUUAACAAGUUUGUCGACAUUCGCGUCCAUCCCGAAUGGUACGUUUCAUCUUCAAUCAGGUUGUACAUGUUAUUUAAUCUGUAUACCGUUAACAGGUACAACCAUGUGGUUGAAACCUUAACUCGUAUGAACAUUAAUCAUAAAAUCCAUAUUGCUGAUGUUGGUGAGUUGGUGCGACAGGAACAAGAGACCAUCGCUCUCCGACGCGCACUUUACAGUGGAAAAGCAAUUGAUCUUGAAAAUUAUCACACGUACGAAGAGGUGACGUUCUUACUUGGCUGACUUGGCUAAUACAAACCCAAUAGUGUCGACUAAGGUUGGAGGGACAACCGCAGAGGGUCGUGACAUUGUUCAGUUAAUCAUCAGCACUCAUCUUUCUGCCAAUAAACGUGUUGAGUUCUUCGAAUGCAAUGUGCACGCAAGAGAGUGGAUUACGGCCGCAACAUGCAUUUGGAUUAUUGACCGGGUAAAGAGACGUACUUUUUGCUUUCUUUUGACAACAUUAUAGUGUUUGUUAUACAUGAUUAAUUGUAUACGCAGAUCACUACUGGGUAUGGUUCUGAUCCCGAAAUUGGCGCAUUGCUCUCGACAAAGGAGCCUGCAGCGAUGUCCACAGUGUAGUUUUUUCUCACACAUGGAAGUACAGUCAUUCCUGGACA